CCGCGAUGCCAUCGAUGCCAGUCAUUAUCCCGUUUUCCAUCAGGUCGAGGGUGUGCGUUUGUUGGACGCUGCCGGUGUAAAUGCGCGGUGGGCCGGAUCGCUCAGGGAUACGCCCAUUCAAUUGUUUGAAGCGGGCACUGAAAAGCCCCAUAAACAAGCCGGGCACACUGUAGAUGCCACCCAACUCUUGGAAUGGGAACUCAAAGACUGUCUCUUGGGACUCAUCCGCGAUCUAUUCGGAUCAGACCUCCAAUACCGGUGGGUUGAUGCCUACUUUCCGUUCACUCAUCCAUCAUGGGAACUCGAAAUUCAGUACCAAGGCCAAUGGAUGGAAAUGCUCGGUUGCGGCAUCAUGCGACAAGAACUCCUUCAUCAAGGCGGCGUACCCGAAAAGAUAGGCUGGGCUUUUGGCCUCGGUCUCGAACGAUUAGCCAUGAAACUCUACGAGAUCCCUGACAUUCGAAUCUUUUGGAGCCAAGAUUCGGGUUUCUUAUCCCAAUUUCAAACCGACGACAUUGACCAAGUGAUUAAAUACAAGGCUGUGAGCAAGUAUCCCCAAUGCAUCAACGAUAUAAGUUUUUGGUUGCCCCAAGAAGGGUCCGAAUAUUCUUCCAAUGACUUUUUCGACUUGGUGCGCUCCAUUGGCGGAGAUCUGGUCGAACAAGUUGUCCUGGUGGACUCAUUUUACCACGAGAAGAAGCAAAAACAUAGUCAUUGCUACCGAAUAGUGUAUCGAAGCACGGAAAAGACACUGACACAAGAAGAAGCCAACGAAAUCCACAAACACAUUGAGAACCAGGCCACCAGUCGACUGAAAGUGCAAAUUCGUUGAGUGCUCAAAUAAAGGUUAUUUUGUUGGAUUUAUUAUGUUCGUGCUGGAAAAAAAAUUAAUAAAGAUAAGAAGGUUCAUUCCUCUUAUACUGCACAUUGCAAAUA